AUGAAAGUGAAAGAGAGAGACGAGGAGGCAACAUCUACACCGCUUCUGGCCUCACAACAUCUUAUCCCAGCAAUAUGGGAGGCAGCGUUCUGCUACUAUGUGGCGCAAUAUAUCUCCCCUGGAUGGCUGAGGAGCACAGUUUCUCUACCGCCACGCGUACAGGUGAUCGAGCGUCGUCGCACUAGCCGUGUGCGCAGCGCAGAUGGCAACAGCAACAGCAGCACUACCGACUCUCCUUCCGACGUUUUUAAUUCGCCUCUCCAAAGACCACGUCAACUCCAUCCCUUGAACCCCACUAUAGCCGAUGCUAAUGAGGACUACGAUCCCGACUUUGAGAAUCUCCCCAUGCUGUCGACAUUGCGAGACAAAGUUGCUGUUGAAGCAGAGGCUGUGCUAAACCAGGCAGUCCAAAUGUCCCUCAAAGUUACUUCAAGAGGAGUGACCAAACUCUGUCGCCUCUUCGGUGGUUGCUUAAGCAGCGAUACAGCGCAGCAGAUUCGUGAAUCACAAGCCGCCCUCUUCGACAAGUUGGAUUGGACAGGCGACGCGAUAACUCAGGCUCUGACUACACGCAAUCAACACUCCGAGUUGCCCUCGGGUGGGGCGCUGACGAUUCGACUGACGCAAGCCCAACCCUACAACGGUCGUGAUACCGGCAGAGGAAGGAGGCCGACAGCGCCAACGAAAUUGGAGAUGGAUGGAGGUGAUAGCAGUAGGGAUUCAUCGUCACGACGGAAUGACUCCAGUGUGAUUGACUCGGAGGAGGAGGGAGAGGAAGCGGAGGAGGAGGAGGAAGAGGAAGAAGAGGAGGCAACUUCACCCUCAGGGUUCAGCUCGCUUCACUGUGACGACGAGGUUCACUCGACUCCAGGAGAGGAAGAGGAUACGGGCUUUGGAAGCAGCGCUACUGGAGGCACAACGAAAAGCGCACAGCAGCGACUGGAGAGUGUUUUCUUCUGUCGAUUUCUUGUCGGACUCUCUAAACGCAUUAUCGAGGAGUUUGUAGAAAAUCGUGAGCAAACAUUUGCACCUCCCUUUAAUAGCAUUACCACUUACCUCAAUACCUCUGAUGGCACAUUUAGGGGUUCGCUGGUGAUAAACUGGGAGACGGGGACGCAGGUACUGAACCUGACGAAGGCAAUAAGCAAAUGGAUGCACAAUGCAGGAGUGCAGAAUCAUAAGGAGGCAAUGCAGCUGCUUUACGACUUUUCUAGGCUGAUGGCUACUCCGAGACAGGAACUUCUCAAUACUAGGCUCUCUGGGAAGAAACCAUCGCAACAGUUCGUAAAACACUUUUAG